GAGGACGCGUUCAUCACCGACCACGACGCCGCGGACUCGGGCGGAGAAGACGACGACGACGAGGAGAAGCCAAAGAGCGACAAGAAGGCGGGCAGGCGGAAGAUUAAGAUCGAGUUCAUCCAAGACAAGUCCCGCAGACACAUCACCUUCUCCAAGCGCAAGGCGGGCAUCAUGAAGAAGGCGUACGAGCUCUCGACGCUCACGGGCACCCAAGUGCUCCUGCUUGUCGUCUCCGAGACCGGUCUCGUCUACACAUUCACCACGGCGAAGCUGCAGCCUCUCGUGACCCAGCCCGAGGGCAAGAACCUCAUUCAAGCGUGUCUGAACGCGCCGCACGGCACGCUCCCCUCCUCAAUGCCCGUCGGCACCCCCCUCGGCCGCUCGAACCCCAUUUCGACUCCCAUGCACCACGGCGGGCCUCCCCCAGGCGGCGCGCCCAACGUUCCCGGCGGACUCGCGAUC